AUGGAAAAGUUUACUGGGGAAGAUAUUAGUGCUUGGUGUCAACGGAAGAAAAAAAAUCCCAAGAAAUGUUUAAGUGUGGGAGGGAAUUUUUUGGAAUUCUCUGAUGAGGAGAUAGUGGAAAGGUUAGCCAGGUUAUAUGGAAUAAUUAGGCCAAGGAUUGUAGAUAAAUGGAUGGGAGGAUUGGGAAGAGUAGUGGCAGUACUGAUAGAAACAGAUAAUGAAUUGGAGACUGAUGUAAUACCAUUGAUAGUGGUAGCCAAUGAAGAGAUGGGUAGGAGGUGGAAUGUGAUGUGGCCUAACAUAUGGGGGGAUGAAGAAGCAGCAACUAGUGUACAUAUAUCAGUGCCCCCUCUAGACAACCCUAAUAGAGGUGAGAGGAAUAGUGGUGGUGAAGGGGGUGACGUUCAGGAUACUGGUGCAAAUGCCACCGGUGGACAGUUUGAGGUCAUAAUGGAUAGAGUGGUCACUCAGUUAGAGAGGUGGCAUUAUGAAGGGAGUUAUAGGCGGUUACGGAUCUUUUCCGGGAUUCUACCUGUACCAUCAGGAGAGGAGACAUAUGAGGCCUGGAAAGAAGCGGCGGUACAGCAAGUAGAAGAAUGGCAGUGCCCAGAUAAGAUAAAGAGACAGAGGGUAGUAGAAAGCUUGAGAGGGCCGGCUAUGGGAAUUAUACAAGCUGCUAGACGUAGUAAUCCUAAUGCUACUUUAGAAACAUUCUUUGAGGCAUUAGAUUAUGCAUAUGGCACCCUUGAGGACGUGGGAGAUCUCACCUCUAGGUUACACCACACGUUCCAGGAACUGACGGAAAAGCUAAGUGCAUUCUUGAUUAGGUUAGACAAGCUACUAUAUAAGAUAGUGGAUAAAGGAGGUAUAGUAAGGGAGGAUGUGGACAGAAGCCGGAUGAAACAGUUACUGCGGGGUGCCUUGACCACCGACCCAGUAGCUCAGAAAUUAAGAUGUUCAGGAAUUUUAAAGAACCUUUUUCUACCUUUAACGAGCUGUUAA